GUCACACUCAGGUCCAACAUGGCGGCGGCGUCAUAUGACCAGCUGCUGAGGCAGGUGGAGGUGUUAAAGAUGGAGAACUCAAACCUGAGACAGGAGCUGCAGGACAACUCCAACCACCUGACCAAGCUGGAGACAGAGGCCUCCAACAUGAAGGAAGUGCUGAAGCAGCUGCAGGGCACCAUAGAAGAAGAGUCUGGGGAGGCUUGUGGCUCUCAGCUGGAGCUCAUUGGACGGUUAAAAGAGCUGAGUCUCGAUUCGGCCGGCUUUAAGUCCCGAUCCCGCCCUCUCCUAGCUCCCGGCUCCACCUCCUCAUCCUCUGGAGCUCCUAUAGGAGCAGUGGGAGGCUCCGGAGCUCCAGGCCCCUCAACGAGUGCUGCCUUUCCCAGGAGAGGGCUGCCGUCUGCGGGCAGAGACGGCCACGACCGCUGCCUGGAGGAGCUGGAGAAAGAGAGGUCUCUCCUAUUGGCGGAGCUGGAUAAGGAGGAGAAGGAGAAAGACUGGUACUACGCUCAGCUGCAGGAUCUCACCAAGAGGAUCGACAGUCUGCCACUCACUGGGAAUACCGACUUAAAUCGCCGUCAGCUUGAGUAUGAUGCCCAUCAGCUGCGAACAGCAAUGGAGAAGCAGCUGGGCUCCUGUAAGGAGAUGGAGAGGAGAGCUCAGACUCGGGUGGCUCGGAUUCAGCAGAUAGAGAAAGACCUCCUGCGGCUCGGGGCACGGCUGCAGGUAACCUCACCUGUCGAAGGUGCUCAGGGGGCGAGCGAAAGCAGCGGAUUGGCCGGGGCGCAGAGCGCAGGCACCCGUUUGGAUCACGAGCCAGCCAAUGAGACGAGCUAUUCUGUGCCUCGACGAAUCACCAGCCAUCUGGGAACCAAAGUGGAGAUGGUGUACAGCCUGCUGUCCAUGCUGGGGACGCACGAUAAGGACGACAUGUCACGGACGCUGCUCGCCAUGUCAAGUUCACAGGACUCGUGCAUUGCUAUGCGUCAGUCUGGCUGCCUGCCGCUGCUCAUUCAGCUACUGCACGGCAACGACAAGGACUCCUUGUUGCUAGGUAACUCCCGUGGCAGUAAGGAGGCGCGCGCACGGGCGUCAGCGGCGCUCCACAACAUCGUGCACAGUCAGCCGGAUGAUAAGAGAGGGCGGCGAGAGAUCAGAGUGCUCCACCUGCUGGAGCAGGUGCGCCAUUACUGCGAGGCAUGCUGGACCUGGCAGGAGAAUCAUGAGAGGGGUGUCGACCAGGAGGACAACCCCAUGCCGUCCCCUGUGGAGCAUCAGAUUUGCCCAGCCGUCUGUGUCCUCAUGAAGCUGUCCUUUGACGAAGAGCAUCGGCACGCCAUGAACGAGCUCGGCGGUCUGCAGGCGGUAGCGGAGCUGCUACAGGUGGACUGCGAGAUGUUCGGUCUGAGCAGCGAUCACUACAGCAUCACUCUGCGGCGAUACGCUGGCAUGGCACUCACCAAUCUCACCUUUGGAGAUGUAGCCAAUAAGGCCACUUUGUGCUCUAUGAAGGGCUGCAUGCGAGCAAUGGUCGCUCAGCUCAAGUCUGAGAGUGAAGACCUGCAGCAGGUGAUAGCUAGCGUGCUAAGGAACCUGUCCUGGCGUGCUGAUGUUAACAGUAAGAAGACGCUACGUGAGGUCGGCAGUGUCCGAGCGCUGAUGGGCUGCGCCCUCGAGGUGCAGAAGGAGUCGACGCUGAAGUCUGUACUGAGCGCACUCUGGAACCUGUCGGCUCACUGCACAGAGAAUAAGGCUGAUAUCUGCGCUGUGGACGGUGCUCUGGCAUUUUUGGUGGGGACGCUGACACAUCGCAGCCACACCAACACACUCGCCAUAAUUGAAAGUGGCGGUGGCAUCCUGCGAAACGUCUCAAGCCUUAUCGCCACCAACGAGGCGCACAGGCAGAUCCUACGGGAACAUGGCUGCCUGCCAACGCUGCUGCAGCACCUGAAGUCUCACAGCCUGACCAUUGUGUCCAACGCUUGUGGCACGCUCUGGAACCUCUCUGCCCGCGACGCCAAAGACCAGGAGGCCCUCUGGGAGCUGGGCGCCGUGGGCAUGCUGCGCAAUCUCAUCCAUUCACGCCAUAAAAUGAUUGCCAUGGGCAGCGCCGCUGCGCUACGUAACCUGAUGGCCAACCGCCCAGCACGCUACAAGGAUGCCAGCGUGGUGUCUCCUGGCGCAGGCGCCCCAUCACUACAGGCCCGUAAACAGAAAGCGUUAUUUGAGGAGCUGGAUGCACAGCAGCUGUCGGAGACCUUCGACAACAUCGACAACCUGAGCCCCAAGGCGGCGCACAGGAAGGGGCGGGGCUGCAAUGGCGCCACAGGAGGAGCAGGCAGCGUCACGCGCUCAUACACCAACACGCCAGUGCUAUCGAGCCCAAAGAACGGAGAUGGAUCAAAGAGGGCGAGCGAGGAAGCAGCAUAUACUCGCUCAGUGUUCCCGCCUAGCGUGCGGGCAUCCAGCGACAGCCUUAACAGUGUGACGAGCGCUGAUGGUUACGGCAACCGUGGGAAGACCAAACCGUCCUCUGAACCCUUCUACUCGUCAGACGAGAGCAGCGCUAACAAGUGUUGCGUCUAUAGGAAGUACCCAGCUGAUCUGGCCCAUAAGAUACGCAGUGCCAACCACAUGGCGGACGAUGACGGCGGAGAGCUGGACACGCCUAUAAACUAUAGCCUCAAGUACUCUGACGAACAGCUGAACUCUGGGCGCCAGAGCCCGAAUCAUCGCGGGGCCAUUGAGAGCGAUGAUGACAGUGAACAGGAUGCCAGACUGAGGAGGAACGACGGAAGUGAUUCAGCAGCGGGUAGCGGGCACAUGGCAGCAGUUCCGCCUCCACGCUAUGUCGUUGUCACAGCAACAUCGAAUUAUGGUACAGAGUCUACGACCGAGCAGCCAAUCGACUACAGCUUAAAGUACGGCACUGAUGCCACACGUAAAAAGCUCUUCAAACCAGAGGAGACCGCCCCCUCCUAUUCCACCACCCCCAUCAACCUCUGCCAGCAAGCUCCGCCCACCGCCUCCCCCAGCACCCGGGGGGCAUCAAAAAGCAACCAGGAGUCGACACAGACAUACUGCGUAGAGGACACACCCAUCUGCUUCUCCAGAGGCAGUUCACUAUCCUCGCUGUCCUCUGAAGAGGAGGAGGGUGAUGUCAUCACGAGAAAGAGGAAAGGGGGGAGCGACAGCGGCGCCGGUAACGACUACCCGACACUCCCUGUCAGUGAGAAGGACGCACAUGACCAGCAGCAGCGAAAAGAGGCUGAGAGCCAAACCACUGCUGCACCAUCCACACGGGGGCGCCGUGGCCACCACCACCACCAUAGCCAUCAUCAUCACCACCACCAUGUGAGUUCAUCAGGCGCAAGGACUCCUAAGAGCCCGCCGGAGCAGCCAUACGCUCAGGAGACACCCCUGAUGUUCAGCCGCUGCACGUCCGUCAGCUCGCUCGAGAGCUUUUCCACCUCCUCCAUUGCCAGCUCUGUGCGUUCCAGUGAGCCCUCCAGCGGCAUGCCGAGUGGUGUGGUGAGCCCCAGUGACCUGCCCGACAGCCCAGGUCAGACCAUGCCACCAAGCCGCGCCAAGACGCCGCCUCCGCCACAGAAGACGAAGGAGGAGGAAAAGGCCAAGAAGAAGGACGAGGAAGAAAGCAGUGCCGACGUACUGCUGCACUUCGCCACCGAGAGCACGCCGCAUGGCUUCUCCCGUGCCUCCAGUCUGAGCGCACUCAGUCUGGAUGAGCCCUACAUUCCCGCGGAGAUGAAAAAGAAGAAAGAGAAGGAUGAGGGUGGGGUUGAGGAGAGGAAGGAGGAGCCUCCUAAACCCAUCCUUGAUGAAUCGGAUGAUGAUGACGACAUUGAGAUCCUGGAGGCAUGCAUCAACAUGGCCAUGCCCAAAUCAUCACGGAAACCAAAGAAGCAGCAGCAAGCAGCACCACGGAAACCAAGCCAGCUUCCUGUCUACAAGCUCCUCCCACCUCAAAGCCGUGCCCAACCGCAGCCCAGGAAGGACAUGCCGCCGCCAGAGGAGGUGCCAAGAGUUUACUGUGUGGAGGGAACGCCGCUCAACUUCUCCACCGCCACGUCUCUUAGUGACCUCACCAUUGACUCCCCGCCCAAUGAGCAGACGGGAGCGGGCCUCGUACCUGCAGCCCAACCCACCUCUGCCCCUAGGAGAAGGGCAGGGUUUCCUGAGGGCGAGAACGGAGAUGACAUCCUUGCCGAAUGCAUUAGUGCCGCCAUGCCCAAAGCCAAACCCAGGAAGCCCGUCAGAGCAGCGGCAAACAGCGAGCACUUGCAAACCCCGCCUUUACCGCCUCCUCUCCCUCCAACGGCCCCGUCUCCCCUCGGCCCGCAGCAGCAGAAGAAGAAGCCAACGUCACCUGUGAAGCCGAUGCCUCAGCGGGCGCUGUAUGGCGUCACCACAACAGCGGCUGCAAAAGCAAAGCCGGGAUUCGCCUUUGACUCGCCGCGCCACUACACGCCGAUUGAAGGAACGCCAUGCUGCUUUUCACGCAACGACUCGCUGAGCUCGCUGGACUUUGAUGAAGAGGAUGGCGGCGAGAAGGACGAAGAGGAAAAGAAGGCAAAAGAAGAAGAAGGCAGGAAGAGGAAGCAGCAAACAGCUGCCGUUUUUCCACGCACAAAACCACCGACCAAUCAGAUGGCCACAGACGAGAAGCAGAAGUUUGCUAUCGAGGACACGCCCGUAUGCUUCUCCAGGAACUCCUCGCUGAGCUCACUGAGCGACAUCGACCAGGAGAACAACAACAAGGAGUUUGCCCCACCCCCGCCAGAGCAGCAAGACAAAGGCAAAGAGGGGGCAAAGUCUCCGUCCCCUCCAGCAGAGGUGGAGCCAAAGCCUCGCCCCCCUGCGGCCACUGGCUACGCCCCCAAAGCCUUUCAUGUUGAGGAUACGCCCGUGUGCUUCUCCAGGAACUCGUCGCUGAGCUCGCUGAGCAUAGACUCGGAGGACGACUUGCUGCAGGAGUGCAUCAGUUCCGCCAUGCCCAAGAAGAAAAAGAAAACCACCACCCUCCCCGUACCCGCCCCGCCGCCUCUAUCUGUCUCCAAAGCUGAAGAUGGCAUUCUGGCUGAGGAGGAGCCUUCUGAUGCACCAAGGAGCCCUGCCUCUCCAGAUUCAGAGUCCUUUGAUUGGAAGGCCAUCCAAGAAGGUGCCAACUCCAUCGUCAGCAGCUUGAAUGCUGCUGCCGCCGCCUCCUCGCUGUCCCGCCAGCCAUCAUCAGACUCUGACUCGGUCCUGUCGCUGAAAUCUGUCGGCUCGCCCUUCCACCUUACGACAGCUAAUAACAAUGAAGAGGAGGAGGAGGAACCAGAGGAGAAGACGAAGCGAGGCGCGAGGAUCCUGAAGCCUGGUGAGCGCAGCACGUUGGAGGCCAAGAAGAAGAGAGAGGAGGAGGAGGAGGAAGAGGAAGCAAAGGCUGUGAGGGGUGGGAAGAAGGUGUACAGGAGUCUGAUCACGGGAAAGCCAAGGGCAGAGCCGGCAGCCAGGGGACGGAGCAAGCCCCGAGCCGCUGCUGUGGCCAAAGCUCCUGGAGGCAGUGACGUAGAUCGAGUGGGCGGGUCCUCUCGGGACUCCACCCCAUCUCGCUCCACCCCAGCACCCAGUCAGAAAGGAGGGAAGCUCUCGCAGCUGCCACGCACGGCUUCUCCAGGAAGUGCAUCAUCAUCCUCUGCAUCCAGGACCACUAAACCCACCACAACCCCGAAGAGUGGUGGUGGCAUCCCGAGAAGCGAGUCCACAUCGAGAGUCAGUGGCUCCACUGCCGCCAAGAAGCAGAAGGCGGAGCCUGAGAAGCCGGCACUCGUAAGGCAGUCAACCUUCAUCAAAGAAGCUCCGAGCCCGACACUGAAGAGGAAGCUGGAAGAGACGGCGGUGGCAGCCGCUCUCGAGUCGCCAUCCAGCCCUGACACGCCACUACCAUCCACCGCCAGGAGACACGACGUCAACCGCUCACACUCUGAAAGCCCGUCACGUCCACAGGAAGUGACAUCAUCUCGCUUCAGCCGCACUGGCACCUGGAAACGGGAAAACAGCAGCGGGGGAGGUGGAGCCAGCAGUGGGAAACACUCAACCUCUCUGCCGCGCGUCGGCACCUGGAAAAGAACGGGAAGCUCAUCAUCCGUGCUGUCAGCAUCCUCCGAGUCCAGCGAGAAGGGACGGAGUGAGGAGGAGAGCACCAUGAGAUCGAAGGGAACGUGGAGAAAGGCAAAGAGCAGCGGCGACCCAUCCAGCACCCGAGGCUUUGCCGACAAGUCCGAAGACGUGUGGGUCCGGCUGGAGGACUGCCCCGUCAACAACCCCCGCUCCUCCUCCUCCUGCUCUGCCCGCUCGCCCACCUCCAUCAAUGCCCCACCCAUCAUCGACAGCCCCGCUCCCUCCAAGGUCCCGUCUUCCUCCUCCUCUUCCUCCUCCAACCUUAACCUGCGCCGAAGCUGUGAGAGCCUUGACGAAAAGCCAGCAUCGAUUGAGAGCCGGCCGCAACAGCCACCGCAUCAGCAGCAGCGCGCUCAGCAGCGCAGCGGUGCCGUUGCGGCCCGAGUCAGCCCCUUCAACUACACGCCAAGCCCAAGGAAGAGCAGUGCCGAAGGCACAGCGGCCACUACCACCACCACCACCACCACCACAUCAUCUUCCACUACCCCUACGCGGCCCUCCCUUAUCCCCACCCCAAUCACGAAGAAACGCGAGCCAAAGGGAGGCGAGGGUGGUGGCAGCAGUGGGGGCGGUGGCGAACGCGGCUCAUACAUCGUGACAUCUGUGUAAAUAAGCAAGAACAACAGGAAGUGUUUAUGAGAUGAACUGUACAGAAAGUGAGUGUAUUUAAGUGCUGUGCCCACCCCCUCGCCUGCUCCUCUCUCCUGAUUGGCUCCUGCCAGCUGUCCAUUAACUCAAAGAAAUUCUAACAUGAACUUUUUAUGUUUUUAUACCACUAAAGAUGUGUAGCGCUUAGCUCCGUCCCCUGCCUUACCCUGCAUGGCCCCGCCCCCCUAACAUGACAGUAACCAUGGACACUGAUGAUGAUGAUGAUAAUUCAGCGCCUUUGAUAGUUUUUCAUGUUUUUUGAGUUUGGUUCUGAACAGAACAGUUGGAUCCAACCAAUCAGUGAGCCCCUACGCAAACCUAGUGAGCCUCCUCUCAGCUUCUGACCAAUCACAUUCAGUGUCUUUGAGUCAGUCAGAGACCCGCCCUUCAGUUGGUCAUCUGUUCUGUCAGAACCUCUCUCUUCUUCUUUGGAAGUCUGCUGCCGACUUGAAUACCUGACCCACCUGAGACGGUCGACGAGGCUUGGCAGAAGACUUUCUGUGUGUCGCCGUGGAAACAGAUAACACUGUAAACCGUAAGUUAUUGCUGUAAACUGAACUGAAGCACAUAAUUUAAAUGAGCAGAUUUUUGGUUCUUGAUUUUAAAUCUGAACAUUAAACGAAUGCAACACGA